AUACAUCAGAAUAAGCCGCGAAAUUAUAUGCAAUUUCUCACGUGGAUCCUGUCAGUAUUUGUAAAUUUUCCAUAAAACUCACCAUCCAAAUGGGUGUCUAUUUAUCUGCCCCGAUCACCGAGAAGGUGUCCACGGACCAGAAAUGUCCAAAAUACACGUAUGGUGCUUCUUCUAUGCAAGGAUGGCGAAUGACGCAGGAGGAUGCCCAUAACUGUAUCAGCAAUUUCGACGAAGAGACAAACACAUCAUACUUUGCCGUUUAUGAUGGUCAUGGAGGAUCUGAAGUUGCCCAAUACACAGCAGAACAUUUGCCAGAGUUUAUUAAACAACAUGAGCUUUACAAGUCGGGGAAAAUUCGUGAGGCACUUCAAAAAGCAUUCUUGGGAUUUGACAAGACUCUUACAGAAGAAACCGUAAUACAGGAGCUUAAGACACUGGCAGGUGUUGAUGAUGGCGAUGACAAUGAAGUUGCUGAUGAUGAGGGUAUGGGUCGUACAGAGCGAGACAUGCUGGUGGCGGAAGCAAAUAUGCCAAUUGAGGAGCUGAUGGCAAAAUAUAAUAGUGCCGGGCCGGCGCAGACGAGGCUUGGCAAGAGUGAGAAACACCAGUCACCCAUGAUACGAUCUAAACAGGAGGCGAAAAGGCCAGGAACGUCCAAGGAAGAAAAUGGUGCUAAAGAAGGCAGCUCAGAUGCACUUGCUACAAAUUUAGAUGAUAAACUUGAUACUGAACAGCCCGAUAAUGACAAUAACCUUAAUGUUGAAAAGGAACUUAGAAACUCCAUAAGUGAUUCAGGUGUUGAAAUAGACAGUGCUAGCACAACUAAAGAUAAUACAAACUCAAAUAAUUCUAUAGUCAGUGAGAGUAAAUCUAGUAAGACUAGUAUUCCGAAUGGUGAAACAGACGUUGACAGUGUUGAAAGCACUGGUGCUAAAAGUGCAGAUUCUUGUGUAACAAGCAGUACAAGCGAGAAAGUUGAUAGUGAAACGUGUGGUGUGUCUUCAUCGUCCGGUGAACCAGAGGCGGGAGGAAGUGGCAGCAGGGCAGGACCGUCCGGGUCUGAGGCACAGGCAGGGGACUCAGGUGUUAGUCAGUCCAGUAGUUCAGGAACUUCCUCUAAGCCUGAGGCUGGUGGGUCGGGGCUAAGCAAGGCAGGGGGUAGUGGGAUGUCAACGCCAGGGGGUAGCGGAACUUCAAAGGCUGGGGGAAGUGGUACAUCAAAAAUUACAUCAGAUGGCUGGGUUGACCAGGACAGUGAAGAUGAUAGCGAUGAUGAUGACGACGACGAUGAUGAUGAGGAAUUUCUGGAAGACAGUGAUGAUGAAGAUGAUGAGGAUGAUGAUGACGACGAAGAUGAGGAGGAUGAGAGUGGACCGGGUGGUCUGUUUGCUGUGCGGUCAGUCGGAGCAGGGGAGGAAGACCAUGUGGAAGAGCCGGGCACUGACAGUGGAUGCACGGCAGUGGUGACAUUGAUUAGCGGAGACAAGGUGUAUGUUGCCAAUGCAGGCGACUCCCGCUGCGUUUUGUGUCGCGAUGGCAAGGCAGUCGAGUUAUCAUUUGAUCAUAAACCGGAAGAUGAGAUUGAGAGAACGAGAAUUGAGGCAGCUGGAGGGAAGGUGACAAAUGAUGGACGUGUUAAUGGUGGCCUUAACUUGUCAAGGGCUUUAGGUGACCACUGGUACAAACGUAAUGAGACAAAGGACUUGAAAGACCAAAUGAUCUCCCCACUGCCCGAUAUCGAGACAGCAACACUUGGGCCACAAGAUGAGUUUAUGGUCAUCGCUUGUGAUGGAAUUUGGAACUCGCUUACAAGUCAGGAGACAGUGGACUUUGUCCGAGAACAGCUCAUGGAACCGGAGAACGCAGCCAAGCCUUCACUCGUCUGUGAACAAUUGUUCGACAAGUGUCUUGCUCCAAAUACUAUGGGAGAUGGGACAGGAUGUGACAACAUGACCUGCAUCAUCAUUGUCUUCAAGGCCCCUGCCCGAAGCAGUAAACGUCCAGCCACAGAGAUAGACCACGGGGACAGGGAAGCAGAGCCGGCGGAAAAACGAGCACGGACAGACAACGAGACGCAACAGACUGAUGGGGGGUCGGGCGAAAUGAGUGUUGAACAAUCAGAGGUUGACAGUUCCCAUCAGUCUUGAUGGGAGGAUUGUGCUUGGGGUUAAAAUGUUGGUUUGGGAUCUUAAGAAUUGAGCAAUGUUUGCGAAUGGGCUUGCAGAAACUGACUGAUUACUUUUGCGGAGGAUUUUAACUGAUGAAGGGGAAGUGUAUGAAAUGGUUUAUAAAUGGCGUUGUCAUUUUAUAAAACGAAAUAUUUUGCAGCCAUUUAUGUGAUGAUUUCAAGUUGGUGUCUGAUUGGAGAAAUAUAUUUUUGACCAUUUUGCUAGUGCUUGUUGAAGUGUUAAGGUUACAAAUCUGAUGUUGUUUCUUGUUGGUCUGUUAUAAGGCAGAUAACUCUGAAUAUCUUAUUUUUGGCUUGUCUGUUUCUUCAAAGAGAAAAACUUGUGGUAUUUUCAUAGCCUUGGGGUUGAUUUUGUUGGCAGCAUUAUGCAAAAAAAAACUUGGCCACAACUCUGAAACCUUUCCAGAUAUUCAAAUGAAACUUGGUAAAAAUGUUUUCCAGAGACCAUACUUACUAAUGUAGCAUGACACAUAACUCUGGCAUCAAUAAUUAUUGAGUUAUGCCCCUUACUUAAACUUUGCUUCACAAGAGAAUAUUUUUGUCGUUCAAGUGUGUCAUAAUAUCAAGUCUGACCUUUUCCCUGAAUAUUUUAUAUAAGUAUAGGACCACUGCUUGAAAUAAAAAUCUGAACAAUUAGCUAAGUGAAUGCAGUAAAUGAAUUAUCAUUUUUGUGUGGCCAAAAAAGUAAAAUGAAUUGAAUGAAAUAUGCAGUUAAUUGAUGAAAUAUGAUACAAGAGCUGCAAUGACAAAUUUAUCUAUUGCAAUGUAAAAUAAGAUGUUUCGUUUUGUUUCUAGUGAAAUCAAAGGUUUAUUGAAUAUUGUGUUUGUUAAGUUAAGGUUAUAACAUGCUUUGUAAAAUCUUGAUGAUUAAGAAGGGCUAUGCAGCGAGUAUUAAGUAAUUAAGACUUUACAAAAUAUGUUUCAACUGACUUGAUUUUUUUCCUCUUUACAGCAGGCAGGGAACCAAAUAAUGACAUCAUGCGACGUUUGUUCAGAACUUUGUUAAGUUAACAACGUUGUUUACGCAAUUGUUGUUAACUUUUAAAUCAUCACUGAAAGUUGAAUGGAUACAUUUGUGAUCUGCUGUAUUUCUAACAAGAUUUGAGACAACUGUUUCACCUGUACUAGUUUUUAGCUCUACUGGCCAAAGGCCAGAAGAGCUCAUGCAAUGGUAAUGUGUACGUAGUGCGUCUGUAAACAAUUGCUUGUGAACAUGAUACAGUCUUCAGUUUUGAUUGUAUCUCGAUGAAUCUUGUACAGUAUCUAGAUAUCCAUUAGAGCUGGGUUCCUUUCGAAAACCAGCCAGAUCCGCCCAUGCAUGCCUAGAUUAUGGGCCAUGAAAGUUUUAAAGAAAUGCUUUUUAUUUUUAGCCAGGUCUGCAUGAGCGAAUUCUAUUUUUAGCCAAGUUUACAUGUACAUGUAAAUUCAAGUCUAGGUUAAGGGAGACAAUUUGCAAGUCAAGGAUUUUGAGAGACAAUUUGCUUUUUGCUUCUGCAGUUGAUUUUGUGAAUUACUCUGCCUUGUUCUUGUUGAAAGCCCAAAGGCCAUUUUUUAGCUUUAAGUUCUGUAGUUUGCGCAUUCAUCUUAACAAAAUUGGUUGUGAAUGUUUAAGUUAUGCACCUGGUGUCAUUGCUGGCCACACCCAGGGUUCACAGGUUUGGUAAACAUAAAUCUGGAAAGGUUUGAAAAUCUUUUUGUGUGUUCGUGCAUCCAUCUCAGCACAAUUGAUUGUGAAUGUUUGUUCAAAUUGAUCAAUGUUGUCCUAGGAUGCCCUUGACUUUGACCUUUUGACCAACUUUUUUUAACUUUUAGAACUACAGAAAUUUUUACUAUGAGUACAGUUUUGAAAGCAUUUUUUUUUUUGUCAGAUGACUUUUACUUGGCACAUAUUAAAAUAGUUUAUGCAACUAAUCUGCUUACAAUACUUUCUGGGCUCAGAUGUUGAACGUGCUACGUUUUCAGGUAACCCAAACACAAAACAUAAACUAUAUGUCUGUUGCCUUUUACCCAUACAUACAUGCUCUGGAUUGAUAUGACCGCAAAAGCCAUGCCAGUAGAGCAUAGGCCCUUUUUAGUCCAAAUAAUUGUACGUUGACGGAUUUUUUUUAGAUUUUUGAUAUGGCAAAUCCUUCACGUACAAAUUGUUUAGAAUCAAAAGUGGGUAGUUGUUCCGAUCAGGAUUCCCGGUUAAAGCAUAUAGUGUCUAUAAAAUAUCAUAAAAACAAGAAAUAUUACCAGAUAAUGUUAUUUUAUAUUAGUUCCGUACACAAAAAAUAAAUAUCCAACUUAUAAUUACGAGUUUGACGGCUUUUCUUCAUUUCAUUCUGUCAAAACAUAACGAUAUAUACAUGAAGGGCACCUGCAAGGCUUCAGGGCACAGUUUUAAAUCGCUCGGAACAUUUCGGCCAUGGCCGUGUUGUUACGAUUGUAUAUCGAGGUCUAUCUCGAAGCUUUGUCGGAGGAGGCCGAGUUAUUACGAUUGUAUCGAGUUGUUCCCCUUCGCAUAAUUGUUUUCUGUGUCAGUCAACUUUCGUUUUAUUGGAAAGGUAAACAACUUGUUUUAAUGCAUUAAAUGCUUGUUUAGCGCAAAAUAGCAUUUCACUUACAUGGUAAAAUAUGAAUAUAACUCUUUAUGAUCAAUUUCAACCAUAAAAUACUUCACUUAAAACAAUUUCAAAAAUUUUAAAACACCCCCGUUUUUUGCACAUUCCCGUUUACACGUUAGGGAUUGGAAGAAUCCCGUAUAACACGUCUAAUAUUUUAGACUAAGGCCCUUUUGUGCCUCUUGCUUUAGAUUUUUGAUAAGAUCAUCGAAAAAAAAUGUACAAUUAAAGUUAAAAUAGUUCACGUUUAAAAGUUAACAACGAUGUCGUUAAUGAAGUUGUUAACUUUAACAAAGUUCUGAACAGUCGUCCCUAUGUCUUAAGAUAUAAAUAAGCAAUGAUUAAGCACUGUUCUUAAUGAAGACUUUAUUGUUGGCAAUUUGAUUGGCUAGAAAUAUAGUUAAUAGUCUAACGCUAGUAAAUAAGGGUUUGAGCCAGGUUUUAAAGUACAGCGUGCUACAGAAGAGGGACAGGGUGAUAAGUUGGAAAUGGGAAUAUUGUAUUGGACUCUAAAUAACAUGAAUAUUAUAAAUUUAACAGAAAAUGCUAGGAAUUGUAUUUAAUAGAAGCAAUAUUAUGUUUCAACUGCCAAAUACAGUCAAAACUCGCUUUGUAAAACUCUUAUCUCGAUGUUCCUGUAGGGUUUCAGAUUUCUCAAAAAUUUGGGUUUAGUUAGACAUGUUUUAUAUUUCGGUUUUAUCAAAUGUUCGUUAUCUCCAAGUAUUUUUCGAGCUCCCAACAAGUUUGUCAAAAUGACAGUUGACUGUAUGUACACUUUACAAGCAUUUAUAAUCACUAUAAGUUUCAAUCAAACCAAAAUAUAUAUUUUUUUAAGCAUUUCAUUCAAUAAAGGCAGAAGAGUGGCCAUGCUUUCCUCCAUGAGGCCAGAGUGGUGUGACCAUCAAAGGACAGGGUGAAGCAUCGUACAAUAACUCCAGCUAAAACCCUAUGUAGUAACUUGUCUUAUUAACAGUAUUUAAUGGUGUUGAGAAGUAUCCCAGAUAUAAUACAGCAAUCUUCUUGAUUUCUGUUUUUUGAUUUUGUUGUUUUUGUGCGUUAUGCAAGAAAAUAUUGAAGCGCUAAGAGUCUUAGUGCUGCUAUGGUUUUGACGAACGAUUGUAAAUGUUCAGUUUCAUGAUGUGAAUAGAAUCUCUGUUAUUUGAGAAAUCGUUAAGGAUGCACAUGAAGUAAUAAAAGUGAUGAAAAAGA